AAAUUAGUUUCUCUAUAGUGGCACACCUUCCGGACACAUACAUAAGUGAUAAUAUGAACCACGAUAAAGAUAUUGGUAAUGCUAUUAAACAAACCAGAAUCCUUAUCGGUCCACCUGCAGGGGAACAAUUUCAAGAUGCACGAGGAUUAGGGAGAAUUAUUUAUGAAAAACUUAAGGACAAUGGAAACAACAUUAUGCAGAUUGACGGUAUCACACAAGAAGAAGAUAAAUUCAACAAUUUCUUAAUGAGGUGCACAAGAACAGCAUUGCACAUGCGAAAAGAGGGUUUUAAACCGCAAGACAAAAUAACGAUUUGUACAUUUAAUACAUUAAAUAGUGCAGUGCCAUUAAUCGCAUCAUUUUUUACUGGAGUUAUCGCGUCAGCAAUUGACCCCACAUUCUCAGUAGAUGAUUGCAAAUAUUUUCUUCAAAUGCUGAAACCGAAAGCUAUUUUUGUCGGCUCAGAUUCAGUCGAUUUAAUUGUUAAAAGUCUUAAAGAGAGCAAUUUGGAAUCAAAAAUUAUCGUGUUCGGUCCUUCCAACGAUUAUGAAUCUUUAGAUAAUUAUCUAGCUCCAAUCGAUGGGGAAGAAUCAUUUGAACCACACGAUGCUACAAAUUGGAAAGACACUGCUAUGAUUCUUUUCAGCAGUGGAACCACUGGUAAACCAAAAGGAAUCUGUCUGAACCAUAGUUACUUUGUCAACUUUGCCCAGACGACAUUUUUUUCCGAAAGGGAUAGAGUACUGUUCUUCUCAUCUCUGUAUUGGGUCACACAAGUCGGUUUAACUAUUGCAAACAUUUUUCUUGGAUUUAUCAAAGUGGUUUAUCCCAGAUAUGAUGGCCCUGCAAACUUUUGCAAAGUUGCAGAAAACUGCAAGCUCCUAACUGUGUUUUUACCAACACCUUAUUUGGUUGACGUAACAGAGUACUGUCGAAAUCAAGACAUAACUCUUCACGUCAAAGAUAUAAUCGUAGCAGGAACUCCAGUAACCAAAAAACAUCUCCGCUUGGCAGCAGAAACGUUUCCAAACGCAAAACUUUUAAAUUGUUAUGGGCAAACCGAGGUAGGAGCAAUAGCAGUAUACCCGAGGCACGAAAAUUAUGUAAAAUCAAUGGAAGAAAAGAUGUUUAAAGUAUCUUGCGGAAAAGCAGCACGAGGAACCUUACUUAAGAUUACAGAUUUGGUAACUGGCGAAACACUGGGACCCUAUCAAGAAGGUGAGAUUUGCGUAGGAGGUGCUUACAGAAUGAAUGGUUACUACAAUCUCAUUUCGCCUGACACGUAUGAUCUUGAAGGUUUCAUCAGGACUGGUGAUAUAGGAUACUAUGAUGAAGACGAAUACAUUUAUAUUACUGAUCGAUGCAAAGAAAUGCUCAAAUAUAAAUCAUUUCCAGUAAGUCCCUCUUCCAUAGAAGACGUUUUAUCUCGUCAUCCGGCUGUUAAGCACGGUGUUGUUAUUGGCGUUCCCCACGAAGUAGACGGAGAUCAUCCGAUUGCUUUAGUUGUACUCAAAGACGGCGUAGAAAUUGAUCCGGCAGAAAUUAAAAAAUUCGUCGACGACAAAGUUGAUGAUCGCAAGAGGCUAAGGGGAGGUGUAAAAAUUAUUAAAGAUAUGCCUUUAAGUCCUACAGGCAAACCAGACCGAAGGCUUUUAAAAAAUAUGGUUUUAAACGGAGGGCUGUAACCGACUGAGUACCGGAUUACAGAUUUUUAUUGUACUAUUAUAGAUCAAUACAGUUACCUAACGUUGGUUGUAAAAUUAAGCAUUUAUUGGAAGAAACGUUGGGAUAGUCUGGUGUCAUCUAGUUGUAGUGAACUAAAUUAUAUAUUUUUGAACUCACGAUGUUUCAAAGUAAAAUAUAAUUUCGGAAAAAAUAACAGUAAAUUUAAAAAUUCAGUAUAAAGUUGAUAUAAAAAAAAGUGCUUGAUGGUAGGUGAUUCCAUAGAAAGUUUAUUAGUAACCGGAUAGUACAUACAGGUCUCCCAAGAAUGGACCCAACAAUCAAAUACGGGCAGAGUAUGGUACGUACAAUUCCUCUCCUAACGUUAGGAUGUCAUUAAAGGUAAUGGUGUGAUUCCGCACCGUUAAAAUGCAAAUCGAACAUAAACUACGAAAUGCAGGCUAGUACUAAUAAUCGUCACACGUGCAACUGACCUGUCUGUGUACUAGCUGUUGCGAAGGUCAUGAGUAGGACGUUAACGAUUACAACGGGCGAUGGGAUAACGCGGCAGCAAAAUUGGCAACUAUUCUCGAUCAUUAACGACUCGUUAACAAGGCUACUUUUUAUGAAUACUUUUUACACCCGUUACGCUGUGGAACUAUCACGAAAUGAAUUUUACAGUGCCUCCAAAUGUUACCUUUCAAAUAUUUCAGAAUACUUAUCAGACAUAGCAUAUAUUUGGAGAAUGCGCUGGGCACCACACAGAAGCAACCCGACUUGAAAUUAGUUAGUGUAUUGGAUCUGAUGCGGAUCAGAAUUGCCUGAAGAUUGAUCAGAAAUAAAUCAGGCUUUCUUAUCUGGGUAUGAUGGAAAAUCG